CGCGGCGUGGAUCUUCAUCACACUGCUUCUCUUUCUCUUCUCCUCCAUUGAUGCUACUCUUGAGAAACAUUUCACCGUACACGGAAAGAGUAGAGAAUCUGAGAGUAAAAACGUUUAUUGAAAGCUGAUCUUCCAGGCUUGUUAGUCAUCUCGGAGGUAGCUGACUGUUCCUCAUCGUCGCCCGAUGAUGGCGCCGGCAGAGACCUAGGAUUUGCUCUGUUCUACCCUGCUCCAGCGGUCGAAGAUCUCGCCGUAAAGGAAAUCACACUCGAAAUUCAUUCGUUCACUUUGAUUCCGACCAUUGCUGUGAUAAACCAAGGCUUUUUUCCUUUGAUCCGGUCACAGAUUACACUUUCGUCAUCGUCCAUAGACCAGUGCUAAAAGAUGAGUGCCGGCAUGGUAUUGGAGCAAACACUGGAUGAUAUUCUUUCUGCAACUAAACAAUCACAGAAGGACCUGAUAGCUCGAAACCAAAUUAUUGAUGAGCUGCAAACUAUCGUUCAUUCCACGGAUAUUUUUCGAGGUGCGACUGUGGAACCGUUUGGAUCAUUUGUCUCUGGUCUUUCCACGGGAUGGGGGGACUUGGACAUUUCCAUUGAGUUACCCAACGAUUCACACAUGUCCUCAACUGCUGCGAAAAAGAAGAAACGGCGUACGUUGGCAAAUUUGCGUCGGAUACUUACUGGUCGAUUUCACAGGCUGGAAUUCGUCCCCUAUGUUAAAGUUCCAAUAGUAAAGUUUAGGAGCAGAGGCAUUUCCUGUGAUGUUUCAAUUGACAAUCUGUCGGGCCAGAUGAAGUCCAAGCUCUUAUUAUGGAUCAAAGGCAUAGACGAACGCUUUGGCGAUAUGGUCUUAUUGGUUAAAGAAUGGGCCAAGGCUCAGCAAAUUAACAAUUCAAGGUGUGGGAGCUUUAACUCAUAUAGUCUCACUUUACUGGUGAUUUUCCAUUUUCAGACAUGUGUGCCUGCAAUUUUACCUCCUCUAGAAGAUAUAUAUCCAGGAGAUAUAGGAAGAGAUCUAAAAGUUAAAGGUGUAAGAGCUGAUGUAGUCCGGAAAAUUACAGAAACUUGCGCUGCUAACAUAGCCAAGUGGAAAUCCAACAGAUACAGGCCGGUUAACCGAAGUUCCUUGUCUGAGCUUUCAAUUUCCUUCUUUUCUAAGUUUUCAGACAUAAGUCGGAAGACUAAAGAUCUUGGAAUUUGCCCCUACACUGGAAAGUGGGAAGCGCUAAGCAACUGGGAGCCUCACACUCAUGCGAUCUUCAUUGAGGAUCCAUUUGAGCAACCGUUGAACGCUGCAAGGACUGUUAAAGCAAGCCUUAUGAGGAAGAUAUCUGAAGCAUUUGAGACAACGUAUCGAAGAGUUUCAUCAACCAAUCAAACUGAGGCUUCUUUGCUUCCUGGAUUGGCCAGGCCACGCGUCUUGAAAGCUCUUGGGAGGAUGCCUUCUAGAGCAGGGAGUUACGGUGGCAACCACAACAAGAUGAACUGUUCAGUAGUCCCUAACGUUGCCUCGUCAUCACAAGUACAACAGCAAUUUCAGAACAUGACUCCGCAACCCCUUGACAUGAUCCAGAAAAGUCUGACUACGAGUGAUCGAUUUCAAAGUGGGUCCGUUCCCACUCUGAAAUUCGGAACCAACCCAAUCAAAGUAGAUUCCCAGUUUGUGGAACCGAGAACCAACUCUGUUGACCCUAAAACUGGACCGGACCUGCCGGGCAAGAAAUGUAGGCCAGUCCGUGCAUUGUUUAUUUUUCUGUCUUUAAUUUUUUUCUUUGAAUUUUUCUUGUCAAAAAAAUAAAGGCUUUCUAUUCAGUUUACGGAGAGCAAGUGUUCAAAAAACUAUCUGCCAUAACAGAAAAUUAUCUAUUAGGUUAUUCUC